CCGAACAAGAAGAAAAAGGAAAGAAGAAGCCCUGCUCCUUUCCUUUAUUAAAAACAAGGACAUCAUCUAUCGAUCAUUCUCAUCACUCAAAACAAAACAAGAAAAUUGUCGAGAAGAAGAAGAAGAAGAAAAUGGAGACACUGCAGUCAUGCAAAGGAAGACUUUCCUUCAAGAACGCAACAAUAUUCAUGACUUUGUUGAAUACAUUCACAGCCCUUUUCUUGCUUCAGGGCUCUCUCUCUUCUCCCUCUUCCCGCAACAUCAAACUCUCACCUGACCACUCCAAUUCAGUUAAGCUCAGCUACAUCAAGGAGUCUGAAGAGAUGCGCCUUGCCAUGCAACCUUGGAAUCUUAUAAAAAGAGUGAAGGAAAUUGAGCAAGAAGUACAUGCAGGACCUGAAACAGUCCAACAGAAAGAUAUCAAGCAGACUGCUGCUGCUGAUCUUUCUAAAAGGUUACAGGAUUUCCGUUCGCUUAAUAAUGCUUCCAGUUUGAAAGCUUUAGACGAAUGGCGUAAACGGAAGAUGGAACGAGCCAGACAGUGGGCUUUGGAAAAAAAUGGAACAAUAACCUCCCAAGCUUGAUGCCCUUUAUGAGAUGUGUGAUUAAGGGGAUUUGUGAUAUUAACUAUCGAUUACACUACCAUGAACUCACCUCAAGAUUGCAUAAAUGUACAUAAAGAAAACUGAAUGCUACCCAAUUUCAGAGGAAGUGUCAUCGGCAGUGUGCGCUUAUGUGAUGGCAAAGUUAGUUGCUUCGCCAAUGGUACCUAUUACCAUCGAAUAGCAAUGUUUUAGUGAUGGGGAUACCAAGUGGCCAGCGCUGAACAUCAUCAAAGAAAUUGCAUCCUAAACAUACUUAUAAAUGCAUGGUCAUGCGGUUCUACUUGUUUAAAACUUCCGUUCCUUCAAGAAGAUUUAACCUGCCCAACGAACUUAAAACUGGAGGUAGUUAGUGUUACAAUUAUUGGAAUUUUGAGAGUUUUCUCAC